GGAACGUAGUCCACGUCUACGUCACAAUCGGAAUCAUAUGUCAAGAUGUCAAAAAUUUAAAAUGCAAAUUGUCAAACAAUUUAUAGAGGUUAUGUUUGGAUAAGUUUAAGCGGUUAACGCUGACCCUCCAUCGGCUCGUGACGCUCUGACAUGGAUGAAUUGAAGCACAGAGCUGGUGAAAAACUCGAAGCGUUACAUGUAGCAGCAAAAACUGCAGCUGAUAAUGGCAAAUCGCGCGUACAAGAUGUUGUGCAAACCACAGUGGAUGCUAUUCAGAAGAUCCGUGAAGCAUUUCACGAUAUUUGGCACAACGAGCUGAUCGCGGAGGGUCGCGAACGCGCGGCCGCAUGGUCUCGGGAGGCAGUGCGUCGUAUCCGCGAGGGUGCUCCGCCCCUUUCGCCCGUUUUACUUUAUGAAGAACUGGUGGCGUUGUGGCACGAUAGAGUAUGGCGUCGCAGUAUGUUGAUAUUCGCUUGCGGCGUGGUAGUGGGCGGCAGUGCGGGAGUCUUGCUGGGGCUGAAGGUAUCGCGGCGGCAACAAGGCGGACCGCACGCGCGCGCCCUGCACUCGCAGGCUGACCAGUCCGUCAUACUCGUUGAGGACGCUGUAGCUCCUGGUGCGGGUACAGGAGAAGUAUUGGUGCGUGUUCAAGCCUUCAGUAUAUGUACAGUGGACCGCGGAGCACUGCGGGGGCGCGCUCACUUACUGCGCUCCUUAGUGUACCGGGGAUACGUCACUGUUGGGAGAGGAUUCGCUGGUGUGGUGUUGGAUGUCGGUCAAGGUGUGACGGACUUAGAAAUGGGGGACGAAGUAUGGGGAUGUGUUUCCGAAUGGAAUGGCGGCGCGGCCACGGAAUUGUUGACUAUUCGCAGUACCCGAGUGAGCAAGCGACCCCGCGGCCUCGCGGCCGAUACAGCAGCGAGUCUACCUUGGGCCGGGGGCGAAGCCCUAAUGGCGCUUCGGAACAUCGCUUACACACCUGAGAACUGUAAAGGAAAACGGGUAGCUGUGUGUGGCGCGGCUAGCGGCGAAGGUUGUGCCCUAGUACAGUUGUUGAGUACGUGGGGGGUACACGUCACCGUCGUCGCGCCCCGACACGCCGCGCUCACACUCAAGGACCUGGGCGCAUCGGACUUUGUGGAUAUUGAUGGUAACCGCGAGUCGGGGGCGUGGUCCAGCUUAGAGGCGCGCGCCAGACGUACUGGUCCCUGGGACGCCGUGCUCGCCUGCGCCGCUUCAGAGGUCCCCCCCAUAGCACUUGCCAACAAACCUGCCUUACUCAAGGCAACAGCAUCGCGCACAGCUUUCAUCGACUUGAGACCGGGGCCAAUGAUAACCGACCGACUGCCGACGCCUUUUGCUGUAAUAUUCGCUACUUCAUUCUACGCCUACAGAGUCUUGAGGUGGUUGGUAGGCUGUGGUUCGAAUACAGAUUGGCUAGAAGAUCGGUUUAGACUGAGAGAGGGCUUAGAAACUCUAGCGAAACUAGUGGAACGCGGGACCAUGGCGCCCAUACUUGAUAAGGUGUACCUGCCACAAGAGUUCGAGAGCGCACUCGCGCACGCGUGCAGCGACGACGCGAUCGGUACUACAGUAAUACGUUUCCCUUAGCUAAUUACAUCUGUUCCUUUAUGUGAGCCUGGUACAUUUGGGCCCGCAUUAGUUCUAAGCAACCAUCACUGCCAACGGAGAGAUCAUUUAAUUAAAUAAUGAAUUAUUUUUACAAAAAAUAUCGCAUCUUAUCCAAACAUAACGAAAAUAAAAAAAAAGAAAACAUAUAAAAAUAAAAUGUUCUGUACAGACGCUAUGUUGUAAGAUCUAAAUUGAUUUGACUGAAUAGGAAAUUAGGAAUUUAGUGGAAAUUCGAACGAAUUACAUAUUUUUUGACUGCGAAACAAACCUACAGUCUACAAGUACACUUAAAAAUUUACCAGGACCACAUAACUUACUUAGCGAUGUACUAAAAACAAUGGAACUCAAUAAAUGUUCCUGUGGGAUGUUGUUCCUAAAAUUAAUUUACAAGAAAUAUUUUAUAAGAUCAUCCAUCAAUUAGUUACAUAAUUCGAAUAGUAGAAUCGUUGCGAAAUCAAAAGGAUAGUGUUUCAUGGCUAUAUCACACUGAAUAUGUGCAAUUAUAUUUGGUCGAUAUUUAAUAUUUAAGUAGUCAGCUCUCGACAAUAACGUUAUAUAUAAAAUUAUUUACAAAUCGCAAGUAUUCAAACACAAUAAAUAAUAUACAAGAUAUUUAUUUUACUUUUUAAUAUAUUUUUUUGUUGUUUAUUUUAGAGAAAUAUAUCAAUUGUUAUAAUAAGUUUUACUCUUAAUGUUACCUACAGUAUCUAUAUAAUCAGUCUGGAUGUCUACAUGGCGCCUUGAUUUCGUUAAACAUCACAAGACUGUACAAU